AGGACCAGAGCGAAGGAAGCCCCAGCCCAUGUUAGGAAAUGUUCCCUGUGGACCGCAGUCAGCCGCACAGCGUGGACCGCUCUCUCUCUCUCUCUGAGAUUCCUCCCCGGAUCGAUUCGUUAACAACACAAAUCCCAACAAGUCCUCCUCCGUCAUGGCUCAGGCGAAAAUACAGGCGAAAAUGAACGAAGCGGCGUGCAGCAAGUUCAGCAGGACCAUGUCCAUGGCAGAUCGCUCCGGACAACUCCUGGAAAGUUUGGAUCAGCUGGAAAUCAGGGUGGAGGCUUUACGCGAGACCGCCGCGUCCAUGGAGGCGGAGAGGGAGUUCAUCCUGGAAAUGAUCCAGUCCAUUCAGCAGGGACAGGAACUGCGAAACAUCUCUGCUGGAGAAAGAGAAGAGUUGACUUUGACAGCAAACCGCCUAAUGGGCCGCACGCUGUCCGUGGAGAUCUCCGUGGGCACGAUCAGAAACCCCCAGCAGGAGGACGCGCUGCGCCAGGCCACGUCCGUGAUCGACGGGAUAGUGAAGAAGUUACUGGACGACAUGGAGAGCGGGCGGCAGCAGCUGCUGGCCGUGCACGCCGCCUGCGUGACCGAGGCGCCGCCCGUCCCCAUCGACCAGAAGUUUCAGGCCAUCGUGAUCAGCUGCGCUCUGGAGGACCAGAAGAAGAUCAAGCGCCGCCUGGAGACUUUGUUGAGGAACGUUGAAAAUGCCGAGAAGAACAUCAAGAUCAUGGAUCACCAAAAGCUGGAGGACUCAAAAUCAAAUGGCUGCCAAUAAGACUUGUCUCCCAAAAAUGUGCCAUAUAACCUGCCAACAAGAACUGUUCAUGUAACCUUUAUAGAGACUACAUGUCGCAGCAGGACCAGUCCCUUUAUACAACUAUGGUGAAAUGAUGCUGAACCAUAAGGCCAAACAUACAUAAGUAUUCUCCGGGUACCAUCAAGGUAGAUGAUCCAACACCGGCUUCCUUAUAAUGGGUUGUGUAAUGUCUACGCCUAGUAGGCAGUGUGUGUUCACAUGGGCACUGAAGUAAGACCAGCACACAUGUCAGAGUGCUCCAUUGGAGGUUUGCUCACUGCUCAUUAUAAAAUCCACUGUGUGAAAAACAAUGAAAUUCAUUUUGAACUAUC